GGCUCCCGAGGCGGCAGAAGCGGCGCGCCGCUGCGCCGGCGACCACCACCCGGGGAGGUCAGCGCCUGCGUCUCCUCCUCUGAGCACCAGCAGCCUCGCCGAGUGAGCGGAGGACUCCCGCUGGCGGACUGCCGCCCGAGCCGGCCGCCAUGUUGAAGCACGCCCAGCGCACGCGCAGACUGCGCGGACUGCCGCGGCCCGACUUCCGGCGCUCCAGGUUCCUGUCGCAGUCGUGGCCGGCCCGCAUCAACGAGAUAAAAUUUCGCGAAGCGGUGCCCGUCCACUACAAAAGAAGUUCUCCGAUGCCAGCUGGGAUGAAGCGGGAAAGCGGAGUCAGCUUAGAGUUCGAGGACUCGAUUCCCAGGGCGUCGACGUCGCACGAAGAGCUGGCUGCCGCGUCGAAGCGCCUGUCGUGCCUCUCGGACACCAGCUCGGCCUUCAGCGGCUCGGACAACAUGGCGAGCAGCCAGAGCCUGCUGGACGCAGAGGACCUGGACCUGUCCGACCUCGUGGAGUCCAGCGUCGACUCCGACGGCGACGACCUGACCAGCAGCUUUGAGAGUCUGACGUUUCAAGACACUUUGAAAGACUGCUUGGAAAAGGACCCUUCAGAACGGACGGAAAAAGACGUAGAAAUGUUGAUGGAAUUCACCAAGCAGCUUGACGCGUUCGCGAAGAUGACAUUGGCAGUGCAGCGAGCUAUUUGCAGUGUGAUGGUGUUUGCGGUUGUAGAGAGCGCCGGCACGGACCUGAUGCGGGAAGGUGACGAGAUAGACUCGUGGUGCGUCAUCGUGAACGGCUCGGUGGAGGUGGUGCAUCCUGGCGGAGCGACGGAGAAACUACACGUCGGCAACUGCUUCGGCGCGCGGGCGUCGCUGGAGAAGCUGAGCCACCGCGGCGUGAUGCGCACGUGCUGCGACGACUGCCAGUUCGUGUGCGUGCCGCAGAGCGACUUCUUCUGCAUCCUGCACCAGGGCGAGGAGAACAUCCGGCGGCACGAGGAGGGCGGGCGCGUGGUGCUGGUGACGGAGCCGCAGGGAGACCACCAGGUCGUCACACGGGGAACACCUGAAAAGUUGAUUAAGCAGCUAGUUGAAGACAAACCAGCAUACAUUGAAGAUUUCCUUCUGACUCAUCGGACGUUCAUCGACGAUCCUCUUCAAGUUACGAACCAGCUACAGAAAUGGUUCAGCGAGCCGAGCAUCAGGGACCGCGUGGCGAGGGUGGUGCUGCUGUGGGUGAGGAACCACCUCAACGACUUCGAGGCCAACCCCGAGAUGAUGGCCUUCCUGGAGACGUUCGUGUGCUGGCUGGAGCAGGAAGGGUUGAAGGGCGAGCUGGGCAUGCUGACGACCCUGCUGGAGGCGAGCUCCAGAUCGAGGACCUUGGUGCUGGCUCGGUCCUGCAGGGACGAGACCCUGCAGAUCUCCGUCAAGGGCGGCUGCGACCAGGGCUUCGGCAUAUUCAUCUCGCAGGUGGACAAGCACUCGAAGGCAGAGCAGGCGGGCUUCCUGCGCGGCGACCAGAUCCUGGAGGUGAACGGCCAGAACUUCGAGCUGUCGCCCGUGACGCACGACCAGGCGCUCAAGAUACUCAGGGACUCGACCCACCUCAGCAUCACCGUCCGGUCCAACAUCAUGGUGUUUAGGGAGCUGCUGCAGACGGCGGACGCGUCGCGACGCCGUGGCGGGAGAACGUCUGCGACGGGCGCCACGACGGCGGCGGUGGUGACGACGACGGCGAGUCUGCCCGCCCGCGUCUGGCGCCGCGACAAGGAGGGUCGUCGCGCGCGUCUGCAGCGGGUCCUGGCGCAACUCGGCCAGCCGCUGCUCGGCAUCCUCACCGAGCCCUUCAUCAUAAACGCAAGUCUCAUAGAAAGCAGCCUGGGUUCCAAACUGUUCAACGGCCACACCACAGCGGCGCUACCUUCAAACCAGAGCGCAGACGUUUCUCGCAAUACCUACACCAUGCAUAGUCUGAAGGUGUACAAGUCCGACCAGACGUUCAGGUACCUGCUGGUGCACGCGGAGACCACAGCGCUCGAAGUGGUGCGGGCGGCGCUGCGCGAGUUCGGCAUGGCUGAGGAGGGCACGGGCUUCUUCCUGUGCGAGGUGUCGGUGGCCGAGAGCGGCCUCACCAAGCAGAGCCGGCUGCCCGACCACCUGACCAACCUGGCCGAGAGGAUCUCCCUAAACAGCAGGUAUGUUUAUCACGCACAUGGUGUCAUCAAGCAGAGCCGGCUACCCGACCACCUGAACAACCUGGCCGAGAGGAUCUCCCUAAACAGCAGGUAUGUUUAUCACGCACAUGGUGUCAUCAAGCAGAGCCGGCUGCCCGACCACCUGACCAACCUGGCCGAGAGGAUCUCCCUAAACAGCAGGUAUGUUUAUCACGCACAUGGUGUCAUCAAGCAGAGCCGGCUGCCCGACCACCUGACCAACCUGGCCGAGAGGAUCUCCCUAAACAGCAGGUAUGUUUAUCACGCACAUGGUGUCAUCAAGCAGAGCCGGCUGCCCGACCACCUGAACAACCUGGCCGAGAGGAUCUCCCUAAACAGCAGGUAUGUUUAUCACGCACAUGGUGUCAUCAAGCAGAGCCGGCUGCCCGACCACCUGACCAACCUGGCCGAGAGGAUCUCCCUAAACAGCAGGUAUGUUUAUCACGCACAUGGUGUCAUCAAGCAGAGCCGGCUACCCGACCACCUGACCAACCUGGCCGAGAGGAUCUCCCUAAACAGCAGGUAUGUUUAUCACGCACAUGGCCUCAUCAAGCAGAGCCGGCUGCCCGACCACCUGGCCAACCUGGCCGAGAGGAUCUCCCUAAACAGCAGGUAUGUUUAUCACGCACAUGGUGUCAUCAAGCAGAGCCGGCUACCCGACCACCUGACCAACCUGGCCGAGAGGAUCUCCCUAAACAGCAGGUAUGUUUAUCACGCACGUGGUGUCAUCAAGCAGAGCCGGCUGCCCGACCACCUGGCCAACCUGGCCGAGAGGAUCUCCCUAAACAGCAGGUAUGUUUAUCACGCACAUGGUGUCAUCAAGCAGAGCCGGCUGCCCGACCACCUGACCAACCUGGCCGAGAGGAUCUUCCUAAACAGCAGGUAUGUUUAUCACGCACAUGGUGUCACCAAGCAGAGCCGGCUGCCCGACCACCUGACCAACCUGGCCGAGAGGAUCUCCCUAAACAGCAGGUACUACCUGAAGGCGUACGGCUCGACGGAGCCCCUGGUGCCCGACGAGCUGGUGCCCGAGCUGGCGCGGGACAGCAGGACGCACUUCCUGCAGCUGAACUGCGCGCAGGUCGCGGUGCAGCUCACGCUGGACGACUUCAGCGUCUUCAGGCAGAUUCAGAGCACCGAGUACGUGGACCACGUGUUCGGGCGGAACAGUCGCUACGGCACGCCGAUGCUGGCGCGGUUCGCAGAGUUGGCGAAUCGCGAGAUGUUUUGGGUGAUCACCGAGAUUUGUUCGGAAAUGAAUGUGGUAAGAAGAUCGAAGAUCAUCAAACAGUUUAUUAAACUCGCACGCGAGUGCAAGGCGUGCAACAACUUCAACUCCAUGUUCGCGAUCCUGGCCGGCCUGGGCUACAGGUCCGUGUCGCGCCUCAAGCUGUCGUGGGAGCGGCUGCCCGUCAAGUACCAGCGGCUCUUCUCCGACCUGGAGGAUCUCAUGGACACGUCCAGGAACAUGAGCAAGUACCGCCAGCUGGUCGCGAGCAAGAUGUCCAAGGGCCCCAUCAUUCCUUUCUACCCUCUCGUCACCAAGGAUCUGACAUUCAUUUGCGAAGGGAAUGAGACUUAUGUUGAUGGUCUUAUCAACUUUGAAAAACUACGGAAGUUUGCAAGCGUAGUGCGAACGUUGAACAACAUGUGCUCGAGUCCGUACGAUCUUUUUACUUUCCUAGAACAAGGUGGGCAGACGUCACAUGCCGCCAUGAGAUCUCUGAACCUCAACCUCACAAGCGGGACUUGUCAGCCGAGCGAAGACUUGGCCACAAUCAAGCGACGCAAAACCUCACCAGCUAUGCUAAACCCCAAGAAGAUGUUCGAAGAGGCCCAGAUGGUGCGGCGCGUGAAGGAGUACCUGAACAACAUGCCAGUGAUAACCGACGAGGAGAAGCUGUACGUGAUGUCCCUGAUGUGCGAGCCGCCCCUGAGGAAGAGACACCCUUCCCCGCCGCCCCCAAGAGGGGGCAGUGCCGGCGGCGGCAGGACCUCUCCAGCCGGCUCCAGCUCCAGCACAGGCAUGAAGCGCUCGCUGUCGGCGCGCAAGCUGCAGUCGCUGAGCGAGCCAAUCAGGAGCCGCGGUCCGGGGGCGCGGCGCAAAGGGAGCUCCCCCGCUUCCCCGGUGUCGACCCCCGCGCAGCCGGCCGCGGACCGGCGCGGCAAGACGGCCAGCGAUACCGUGCUCGAGCACGUGCAGACCUGAUGCCGAAAUUGUUGCAGUCUAAGAUGAAAAGAAGAGAUUGACGUAGCUGCAAGUCCGUCUGGUACGGUGCUGAUCUCUUAGCAGUUGGAACGCUUCGUUCUCAAGAAACACAAUGAACUGCGAUGUGACAACAAUCUACUUAUUAUAGUAUUUAUCGCACACUGAAACUGAGUUCCUUGAAAAGUACAACUUUGUUUUGUUUGAAAUGAAAAAAAAAAAAAAAAGAGAAGGAACAUUAUUAGUAAUGUGUCGUUUAAGAACCAUUUUUGUGCCAUUACAUUAACUUUGAGUGUUUGAAAUAAGCAAAAAUAAACUGUUACUUGUAUGUUUAUAGGUGAGUCAUUGUAAAGUAAAAACAGAUUAUAAAAUUAUCAAACGUUUAUCAAUGAUUAUGAAAAGUGAAUACAUUUCGUAUUUUAAUUCUGAAUUUAAAUAUAUUUGUUGUAGUUAAUUGUAGGAUAUAAAUACAUACGUGAAUCGAUGUUGAUCCUUGCUUUAUUGUUGGUUAUUAAUGUAAGUUAUAAGACGUGUAAAUACUAAAGUAAAUAAUUUAGAGUAUAUCUGGCAUUAUGAACAAUGUUGUUUAUGGUAUUUUUGGUUGUUUAUUUUCUGUAUAUAAAUUUAGAGAAUACGAAAGUUCCUUUCUUAUGCUGGAGUGGAUAGUAUGUUAUGGCUUACACACUAAUCGAUCUUAAAUAUGUAUUUUUUUAAGUUGGACUGGAAAACAUUAAUCUAGCGUUAGCAGUCACAAACGAUCCGUCUUUGAUAUGGCUCGAAAUUCCGUUCCGUUGCAAAGCGUUCUGAUGUACUCAGCUCGGUAUGUAUAUUUAUACAUAUAUAUAUAUAAAUGUAUGUAUAUAUGUACACUAAUAUUAUAAAGAGGUAAAGUUUGUAAGUUAGUAAGUUUGGAUAUAGGGAGUAAUCUCUGAAACUACUGAUCAUAUUCUUAGAAUUAUGUCACUAAUAGGAAGCUACAUUAUCCCUGAGUGCUAUAGGCUAUUUUUUAUUCUGAUUAGGAUGAGUUUUCAGUAAGAAAUCACAUUAACUGUAAUUGGAGUCAGAAAAAACUAGCCGUAUGGUAGAUUUAUCUGCGUGCGCUGCCUAAAAGUUUUAAAUUAAAGAAAUAAUAUGUACAUCAAAUAAAACUAAUAAAAUGUAAAUAUAAAAUA